AUGUCGGAGGCCAUGUGUGAAAGAGCUGACUCACAGAGCCCGAAACAGACCACUGAUCCAGACUGGCCAGACACGCAUAGCAACCAGCAACAAGUAAGCAUUGCGGGGCCCCAAUUAGACACUUGCCUUCAGAGGCAGACGGGAGAAGAGGAGGGGAGUCACCAAACAAAUGGCGGCACCACAGCAACUGACACCGGCGCCCUACUCCGAGCUACCUACUCUCAGAAAGAGUCAGGGGGCCGGAACCCAGGGCACAGCGCUGCGUUCCCCUCCAGCCUAUCAAACGGCAUCCCCUGCCCAGCAGUACUAAAAACGCGACACAGCAGGACCGUGAAAUAA